AUGGAUUCCAAAACUGCAAGAGAGGAAUUCUAUGAGCUUUUGAGCCAGUAUGUCUGGGAAACCCUCAGCAACAUUGACGUUGUUCAGGAAUUCUGCAGCGAACAGCAAAAAUGGUUCCUUCAGAGGAAGAAAGAGCGAGACAUGAUGCGAGACAUCAAGGAGCAGCUGGAUAAAAUUGAUUUAAAGUUUGACCAUGUGAAGAAGGCUGAGAAAAAGGGCAAGGCUUUCAGGGAGUAUGUGUGGAGCAGACUGACUCAGGUAACAGCACACUCCAGGCGCAAGGCCCUGGAAAAGAAGCUGGGAACUGUUCUGGAGCAAACUCUGGAGGGGCUGAAGAAACUCCACCCCUUUCUGGAUGCGGUGGAGAUCCUAGCAGUGACAUCACUGUUUGUGUUUACCGAAGACAGUUUCCUUCCAAAGGGGGUGAGUGCUGCUGACGUGCGAUCAGUGAUCUCAGCAGCCCGAGUGGCCUCUCCACUCCUCAUCCACUUUAAGAGGGACCCAGCUGCCCUCCUUUCAAUUUUCCUCAGUAAUAUGGAGGUCCUCGCUUUUCAUCUGGACAAAUACAUAAGCAUCUCACAACAGCUUUGUGAGACAAUGGAGAAAAGAGCAAAGACCAUAUUAUAUUCUGAAAGCAGACACAGCCGGAAGAAUGGUCACCCUGAACUGAAAAUCAAUUUGGAAAUGAGUGAUGAAUCUAUUCAGAAAAUGGUAGACCAUUUAAAACAACUGAACCAAAUCAGGAUGGAUCAAGACCUCCGGAUAACUCUCUUGUUUCAGGGGAAGGCUCAGAACUUCACUGAUCUCUUUAACGAGUGCCAUGACACAAUGCUGAAGUGCUUAUCUGAACUUGAGGAAAGCGCUGAGAAGUUGGACAAGAUGAAGAAAAGGGCCAGCAUCUCUCGCGUAACAGGAGGUUCAGUUGGUGUGGCUGGUGGAAUCUUGACCAUUGUUGGGUUAGCACUUACCCCUGUCACUGCAGGGGUAUCUUUAGCCCUUACUCUAACAGGUGUUAGCUUAGGGGUUACGAGUGGUGUCAACAGUGUGGUCACUGGCAUCACUGAGCUGGCAGUUAACAGUCGACAUGGGAAAAAUGCCAAUGCUGUCUCCCAGAAAUACAUGGAAGAUGUUUGGACGCUUCAGGACUUUCUGGAGCAGGUGGCCAACGGUGAAGGUCCUGCAGUGGAGUCAGAUCUGGUUAAUGUUGUGUUGGGAGCAGGGAAAGUGGCUGCUAGAGCAGGGGCAGUGGCCAAAGGUGUCGAUAGCAUAGUGGAUGCUGCCUCAGCAGUCAACGUUCUCAUAUCUGAGCAAGUUAUUCAGAAUGUCGCUAAAACUGGGCUCCAGGAGGAUAAAGCAACAAGAAACAUCCCCGAUUUGGCGGCCGACCUGCCUGAUAUUGCCAUGUCCACACCAGUCAGAUCUGGUUUAAUCACAUUUAAUGCCCUCUUCUUUGGUCUUGAUGUCCUCUUUAUCUGCAAAGAUACCGUCAGCUUAGCGAAAGGAAGUAAGAGUGAAAUUUCUGAGCUUAUUCACUCCAGGGUGGCACUGUUGCGCUCUGAGCUAGAGUCUUGGAAGAAAGUCAACGACUCUCUGUGCAGAGGGAUAUGGGGGUUCAGGAAGAGUCAGCGGAUCCUCGAGGAGAAAUUUCAUCCAUAG